AAAGCUGGUUUGCGAUCCUCCAAUAAACACGUAGAAGAAGAAGAAAGGCAUGCCUUGGCCACCCUGUGGAAAAAAGCGGGAGGCAGUGUAGGUGCUGCUGAUAAUACAUGUCAACAACAGGAAUCUAUCACAGGCAAUAUUUAACGCUUUGAUCAGGAGUCAUGCAGGCCUUUUUGAAAGGAGCGUCUGUUCAGAGUACCAGACCUCAGAAAGACAAGACAGCAGCUGGGCCCAGUGCAGAGAAGAAAGCCAAGGCUAUUCCCUGGGUAGAAAAAUACAGGCCAAAGUGUGUUGAUGAGGUGGCCUUCCAAGAGGAGGUGGUGGCCGUGUUGAAGAAGUCUCUGGAAGGAGCAGAUCUCCCCAACUUGCUCUUCUAUGGCCCUCCAGGAACAGGAAAGACCUCCACCAUCCUCGCUGCUGCCAGAGAACUUUAUGGUCCACAGCUGUACAAACAGAGGGUCCUGGAGCUCAACGCCUCUGACGAACGAGGCAUCCAGGUCGUAAGAGAGAAGGUGAAGAACUUUGCUCAGCUCACCGUGGCCGGGACUCGCCCAGAUGGGAAGUCAUGUCCGCCGUUUAAAAUCAUCAUCCUGGAUGAGGCGGACUCCAUGACGGCACCAGCUCAGGCCGCUCUGAGGAGGACCAUGGAGAAGGAGUCCCGCACCACCCGAUUCUGCCUCAUCUGUAACUACAUCAGCAGGAUUAUUGAGCCUCUGACCUCCAGAUGUUCCAAGUUUCGCUUCAAGCCUCUAGCCAAUCAGAUCCAAGAACAGCGCAUCCUGGAUAUCUGUGAGAAGGAGAACCUCAAGUACACCAAAGAGAGUAUAGCAGCGCUGGUGAAGGUGUCUGAGGGAGACCUGCGGAAAGCCAUCACCUUCCUGCAGAGUGUUGCACGCCUCAACGUCGACAAGGAGAUCACAGAGCGAGCCGUCAUUGAAAUAGCCGGGGUCGUUCCCCCCAAGAUGAUUGAAAACCUGCUACAGAUCUGCCUGAAGGGAACGUUUGAGAAACUAGAGGUUGCUGUGAGGGACAUGGUGGAUGAAGGCUACGCAGCCACACAGAUCCUGAAUCAGCUCCAUGAGUGUAUCAUAGAGUCGGACCUCAAUGACAAGCAGAAGUCAGCGAUCACAGAGAAGAUGGCGGUGGUGGUGAAGUGCCUGUCGGAUGGUGCAGAUGAGUACCUGCAGAUGUUGAGUCUGUGUUCAGUCAUCAUGCAGCAGGCCUCUGAGAACAGAUAAAAGAACUACAGCAGCACUCUCACUGGGAGAGUACCAUCAUCUGCUUCCAGCAGGACCAAGUUGUUCACUUUGUUGAUUAGACCACAGAUGUCGAGGUGUUUCUCUGUAUUUAAUCAGAAACAUAUUCCCUCCAAUCACAUUCUACAACAUCUCUGUUACUGUUAAAUAGCACAUCAGAUGUCUCUUCAUUUGCAUUCAUGUUACUCCCUACCAACAGAUUUUUGUACAGGUUUUGCAUUAUGGAAAGUAAUAAAUAGUUUUUUUUUGUA